ACUACAGCUGCUCAACAGAAGCAGAUAGUGGAGUUAUCUUCGCGUUGCUCGAGCCAGGAAGCUAGUCUCACGGAGAUGGCGCAGAAAGUGGAGUCCGCAAAGCUGGAAGCUGAAAGACUUCGCGAGCGGCUUCAGGCUCUCAGUAUGGCAGAGUGGAAGAGUGACGCAGACGCGGGCGUCUGCACACAGUGUACGGCACCAUUUGGUCUCAGUCGAAGGAAGCAUCAUUGUCGAAACUGCGGUCUCAUUUUCUGCUACGAGUGUUCCGCAUACCGUAUGACUUUACCCAGUUCCUCCAAACCCCUACGUGUCUGUGAACCCUGCCACAAUCAACUCCUGGAACGUUAUUCAACUGCUUCCAAGUGA